AUGUAUUGCAAUCAAUGAAAUAAUUUUGCUCCUUUAGAACCAGCAAAAUCUUAUAAUGAAAUAGCAGACGAGGAAUUUUGUAAAACAGAAAUAUUAGCUUGUCUUUCACAUUCAAGCACGAAUGAUGAUAUAUCUUCCCCGAUUCCCUCAUUAGAGAGUAAUGAUGCCGAAUCUACUUGUUGUAUAAAUUGAAAAGUUUCCAAAAAUUCAGAAUAUUAUGUAUAUAAACUAAAAAUGAUCUAG